UGGCGGCAAAUGAGCUGUGAGGUGGCACUGUUGUCCUCGUUUGUAUUCUGUUUUAUAUUCUCUCACAAUAUGGACUUUUCCAAAUUCUCUGAUGAUAACUUUGAUGUUAAAGAGUGGGUGAACUCGGCGCUAAGAAUCCGUGAUGAUCGAACGCCUAUUGACGUGAGUUUGAAGGAUGUGUAGAUAGUUUGAGUUUGCGACGUAUCUGUGUACAAAGUUUGUGCCAUCCAGAUAAUCGUCGUGAAAUGUAUUGAAGUCUGUAGUACUCGAUUCGUUUUGAUGAAUAUGACUAGAAGAAAAAUUUCCCCUGCAUGAUCCUUUUUUAAAAUUCUGUUCUGAUCAUUAUAAAAUCGUGACAUAUAAUGUAUUUAAUUGUCUAGCUUACAAUCUUGAUAUUUAGCAUGUCAAUAUCUAAUUACCGGUGCAGUUUUUUUAGAACAAAUUUCAACUUUGUGUCUAUUAGGCCAGUUACAUACCGGUGCAUGUAGUUUACUAUGUUAACAUUCAUAAACAUGUAUUAUCUGCACAUGGAUGUGUUAUGUGAAUUUAUCUUUUAAUUGACUUCCUGUAUAUUCUCCUGGUUGAAAGUUUUAGCAUAGAAAAGACUUUGAAGUUGAUGACUCACAUAUAUAGAUAAUUACUGGCUCUUUAAGAGAAAAAAAAUGAGAAAAUCUAGCCCAUCUCCAUGUAUUGUUGCAAUUGGGUGUCUUCUGUCUGUUGCUGCUCUGUUCCAGUGUCCUAAGGCACCAACUCUGAUUCAGUUCAUCUACAGUAUUAUUGAAGAAAUUUUUCUCAUGUCAUCUUUCCUAACUAUAUCCAAACUUAUCUUUGAAGGCUCAUGCAUCAAACUUGGUCAUGAAGUUGCAGUUAUUUAUACAGGUUUGUUUAUAUAAUCAUUUCAAUAGAGCACAUUUCAAUUAAGAGUCUUAAAACCCAAGCCAUAGUGAUUAUUACGGCCAGUUGAAACAAAGGAAAUUUCAAUAAUAGUCUGUGAGAACAUAAAAGAAAUAAUAGCAAGCUGCUUAAUGCUCAGGGUAGUGAAGAAAAAUUAAGGUAAUCUAUUAACAUUGAAUUGAAAAUUGCUCAAUUAAAAUAAUUUAUUUUUAUUACUAGUAAUGUUGAAGCCUCCCAUUAAAACUGCAAAGUUUGAGCAAAUCAAAAAUAUAAUCUGCUGUUGAAAAUGUAUGUUUUUGAUUCAGUUGUUCAGACUGAGUGAUGCAGUAGAGAUACUGACACACAAACCUUCUACAGCUUUACUUUUUCUUUACUCAAACACUAUAUUUGUGUUAUGAACACAUUUUUGGAAGUGCUUGGUUGUAUUAAUUUAUUUCUCUGAAAAUUUGCCCCCAGGAUUGAUAAUGUUGUAUUUAUUAAAUCUCUCACAUGCUCUACUAACACUAAAAUAUUAUUCUGUUUCCAGGAGGUUAAUAAUGCUUUAGAGGAAACCAGCACUCAAUCAGUGAAUAAUAUUCCACGGUACAAUCUAAUUUUGACAUUUGGUCACAAUCAUUUGCGUUUAAUGUUAUCUUUGUUUACUUCUGCGCAAAUUUCAGGCUUUGAAUCUUCUGUCUUGUUUAGGCUAACAUUUAGUUCUGUACAAUAAUUAUGGCUUCUUUGCUAUGGACAAUAUUUCACCAUGUAAUUGACAAAUGUUUCACAAAUCCUAGAGUCUUGGUAUCUAUGGUUGCAAUAAAAUUGUAUAGUAUUGCUUUUUAUAAUAUUGUGAAAGUUAUAGUCAACACCAUUCCUUCCUUAGAGUUCUAAGGGAGAUAGAGAACAUUCGUCAUGAUGCUUCCCUUCUGAAGGAACAAAUGAAUCUUGUAAAGGAGGACAUUAGAGUGGUAAACAUGAUAUUCUUGAAUUUAGAGAGAUUCAUUAACUGCAACUGGUCAAUUUCUGUUAUAAUUACCUUGAGCAGUUAAUGCUGAGGUACUUCUUUUUGUGGCCUCUGCCAUUUUCUUGAUGUUUCUGUCGCAGGAACAGCUUCUGUCAAUAAACUGUAAUGUACCAAUAUUCUCCUGUACAUAAUGGCUCAAUUAUGAGAAAUCAAUAAAUAAAUUCUAAUGAACAAGAUUCUUUAGAGAUUAAAUGAAUGUUAUCUCAAAAUCACUUCAAAUUCAUCAAGGAAGAUGUUUUAUGAACAUCUCUCUUUCAUUUACCUUUUAUUGUAUUAGGCAUGCACACCAAAAAGUGUAUAUGAUAUAAAUAAAAGUAUAUCAUUCUUGUUGAGGUGGAGGAAAAUACAGCUCAAUCUAUGAAGAUGCUGAUGGAGAUUGAUACAGUUAAAUCAAGAAUGCAGGAUGCAUCAAGAGCUCUUAAGGUAAAUGUUAACAUCAAUUAUAGCACUUAAAUGUACUAUAUCUUGUAGAUACCUACCCUGUAAGAUCUCACAUCCUCUAUAUAGUAAUAUUUCCAAGCAGUGUUGUAUCUGGUUUUAUAGGAAGCAGAUAACUGGACAGUACUGUCGUCUGAUGUGGAUAAAGUUUUUGAAUCUGGGGAUGUUAGUGCUGUAAGUAUAUCAAUUUAAACACACCUUUAUUCAUUCACUAGGUAGUAGUAUUUUCUCAAAUUAAAAAAAAUGCUCUUGAUGCUUUUGCACAGAAGCUGUCCCUUAAAACUCACCAGCAAUAUAAAAAGUGAGAUGUUGUUUGGAAUCAUGAACACACAUAUGAAGUGAUAAAAUUGGUUUCAAUUUCAGAUAGCAGCAAAACUGGAAGGAAUGCACAAAAGUUUAGUAAGUUCAUUUUUUUUUCUUUUUCCGUAAGUUGUUAAUGAUGAUAAUUCAUGCACUUGUAUUGCAUGUGUCUGUUACAUUUACAACACCAGCAGUUGUGAAUAAGGUCCACUGAAAAAAAUUCAGAAUAAAAAUGUCAUAUCUCUGACUCAAAAAUGAUGGGCGGCUUUAAAAAAUAGAUGAAACUUUAUCGUCCUUUCACCGAAAAAUGUAAAUGGCUAAGUGAAAUCUACCAGUGCAUUUAAUUUAGCAACUCACUUUGCUGUUCAUGUUUCCAUUCUAAAGACUGUCCUACAAGAUGUCCCAGACUAUGCACAGAGACGUAGACGACUUGAAGGGCUUAAAAACAGAUUGGAGGCACUCCUGAGUCCUAAAAUUGUGGCUGCAUUCAAUAAUCAUUCUCUUGGUUAGAGCUUCUUUGUGACAGAGAAAUGUUAAUUAAGUUUUUAAGUGGAAGCUAUUGGGCAGGUAUGCCAUCCCCUGGAAAACUUGAAUUCAGAGAUGUUUGAUUUUGAAUUACACCCCUACCCCUCAAAUGUGUUUAUUGAUAAUUUUGCCCCAGUUCUCUUCACAAACUGAAAGUCAAUAAAAUAAAUGCAUGCUGUUUAGAAGAUAAAUAGGUAAAAUCAGGAAAAUACAACUGUCAUGCAAAGUCUGGCUUGAAAGUAGCCUGGUCAGAUUUCACAGGCACAAAUAGUUUUCAACUUUCCUUUUCAAAUAUGUACAGUAUAUCUAAAUUGAUUGAUAGGUAUAUAUUUUUUGUUCUUAAUUUGCACCUUUAUAUCAUAGUGGUUCCAUGAAUGCAGCUCAUAACAUGGUUGUUUUUGUUACAGAUGACACUAAAGAAUAUGUCAAAAUAUUUACAAACAUUGAAAGACUGGACCAGCUUCAAAGUUAUUACAUUAGGUGUCAUAAGGUUUGUAUGGUGGUCUGCUUCAAUAAUCCCUAAAAUUAACCGUCUCCUACAUGUACUAAUUACAAUCUGUGUAGGACACAUGCAUGUGUUUUAUCUGGAAAUCAAGAGGCAUUGGGCAUCAAUUGAAAGUUAUUGUUAUUAAUAGUCCCAGAAAAUCAACCAUUUCUUACAAUAUACAUGUACCAAUUACAAUCUGUGUACAAUCUGUGUUGUACACAUGUAAUGUUUCAUCCCGAAAUCAAGAGGCAUUGGGCAUCAAAGUUAUUGUUAUUAACCCCUUAACCCCUAAAAGUGACAAGAAUCUAAUUUCUCCUUACAUGAUCACCUCUGAAUCACAUAUUCAGGUCACAGGAAUAAAGGAGAUGAUCAUCAAGCUCUUGAUUGUUAAACAUAUUCUCCAGUGCCUUAGGAAAUGUACUGAAAACAGUAUAGAGAAUAUGCAUACUGAUGGGUUAAGGAAAUAAGAGUGCUAAUUUAUUGCUACAGUGAAGGUAUAGGAAACCAGUCAACCAUUUGAGUCUCGUAGUCAAAAUGUAAAUUCUUAUCACUGGUCUGACUGUGAGAAUUUGAUAAAGAUCUGCAAGAUUCCUUUGCUGAUCAGAUUCCUGAUUCUCUUGACUCUCACUCAUGAUAGCAUGUUGAUAUUGUGAGGAGGAAUGAAAAACUGAUCACUCUUGGUUCUUUUUAAUUCAUGUAGUGAUAAUGAUACAAUUUUAAAUGGCUAAUAUUUAGCUUAUACUGUAUCUGUGAUUGAAAUACAUGGAGGCCUUUCAUGAACUGCUUGGGGAACAAGGAACCAAUGAUAAUGAAGGCAGUGACAUUGAUAGCUAGUAAUAUACCUUUAACUAUACAAUAACUAUAAAUUAUAAUCGUGAUAAAAGAUGUCUUUUUCUCUUUAAAUUCAUAGACAAAAUUGCAAAAGACUUGGAAUGAAGUGCGUGUUGAGGAUCCAAAUAGGUCAAUGCUGGAGUGGCUUUCAACAUUCUAUGAUGUUAUCCUUUCAACCUGGCAUACAGAGGUUAAUGCGAUUCUGCUAAAAUUAUCCACAGGAUAAAUGUAUAGUUUAACAUAAUAAGUAGUAGAUCAUACUUAAAGUUUAGCACUGUUUGAAGAUUAACAUUACCCUAAUGCACGGUUAUUUAGUUAUCCUAACUGACUGUUUGCAGACUUGUGUUGUAAGUAACAGGGUUUCUUCCCAUCUUGGAGGAUAAGCAAUGCUGCUUAUAGCUUUAUACAGAUAAAACAGGGAUAAUCCUAAGGUAGUAAGGGGCCAUUCAGCUUGUAAGAGUUUUUCACCAUGUUCUGCUCAACCCUUUAACCCCUAAGAGUGACUAGCAUCUAAUUUCUCCUUACAAUAUCACUGCUGAAUCGCACAUUAAUGUCAUGAGAAUAAAGGAAAUGAUCACCAACUAAAGAAACUCUUGAAUGUUAGAUAAAUUCUCCUUGUCAGCACCUUUAAAUUAGAAAAUGUCCAGAGAACAGUAUGGAGAAUGUGAAUACUGAUGUUAGGGUGUUAAUUUAAGGGUUAAUAUCAGGUGGGAGACUCAGUAACCUAGCAGUUAGCAAAAUGGACAUUUUUUCUGUCCAAGUGCCUUUCUCCUCAUAGGAGUGUAAAUGGGUACUAGUUUUUAUCAAGGAAACCUGACAAAAUGCUGGAUGUGUGGGUGGAGGGGGGACUUGCGUUGAGCUAGUGUACUAUCUAGGGAGAGUGAAAGUUCAUAAAGCAAAGGAAAUCAGAGAAUAAAGCCUGGCUACAUGUAGGUGAACUGCUCACCUGGAUUGACUACUUUUCCUUUAACCUGUACUAGAAAUAACCUGAAAAAGCAAUAAAUUGCAGUUAAAAAAAUUCUUGUAUCUUAUUCUAAGGUGACUUGGUGUGGUCAAGUUUUUGUUGAGCCUGGAACUGUACUGUGCACACUCAUCAGUCAAACACUAGCUCAUUUAGACCCAUCGUUGUCGUCAUGCAUCACAGAGUUUAUAAAGAAUGAGUCAAACAUCAUUGCAAAGUUGAUUGAGUUGCGACAGGUGGGUGUGAAUAUUUAUAACAUAUAGCUUAAGGCCUUUAAUAUAGAAACUGAAUACAAAAAAUGGCAAGAUUUUCUGUUGAUAUCAGCACACAUUUUGGUAACUAUUAGCUGGCAGCUUCAUUAAAACUCCACUUUUUUUAUUCAAUGUUUCUUACAGGUCACUUUACGAUUUGGUCAUGGCUUAGAAAAGGCAGUCUCACUACAGCAAGGUGCAGUAGAGUAAUUAAAGCCCAUGGUGAUAUUGCUUUUCUGUUUUGUAGCCUUUAAGACUUGAAAAAGGUUCUCAGAUGAGAAGGGAAAGUUAACCUGUUAUCUUCUUUUUCACUUCAGACAAAUGCAGCACCCAUGCGGCAAAUCAACUGGUUGAUGUGGUAUACUCUCCUUAUAUUCCUUACCUGUUGGAUUAUCCAACAUUACAGCAGACCUUCCUUGUGGAGCAAUUACAAGCAACACGGCUGGUAAACAUCAAAUCAUGCACUUGCUAGCCCUUUUCAUCUCCUUUGAUACUCAAGAAUCAUGGUUUCCAUCUGUUUGGCUUUUAUGAGAAUUUGGUAUUACUUCUCCAAUUGAGAAAAUAACUUCUACUUAAUAAGUUUGAGUAUUUUCUUUUGCUUUUUGCUGGUCAAGGUAUGAAUAUCAUAGGGUGAAUUUACAUGUUAAUCAACUUUUUGGAGUUAAUUACCAGGAUUUACUACAAGUUACAGUAAUUUUUAAUUUUUUAAAUUUUACCCACAAAAAAUUUAGCAACUAUCAAUAAUUACUUGCGUCCUGAUAUUAGGCCAACAGGUGAAUCAUAUUUCAAGUGAUAAUUUAAACUUUUCAAAAAGAAAGGGUGGAAAUGGUCAUGUUCCUAGGUUGUGAUUGGAAGAUUUUAAUCCAUAUUGAUUAUUUAUACCUAAAGAUGGUUGUAGGUACUGUUACAGUAAUAAUAAAUAAUGGUUGCAUAAAAAAGAAGAGCAACUUUGACUUUAAGACUCUUAGUUCAAAUUUUGGAACAGUACAGUAAAACAACACAUACCAGAUUGAAGAAGAUACACUUUAUAGUGGAGCUUGCGUAGCCCCAUAAUUAUACAAAAUAGUAGUAACCCAUCAAGCCAAAAAAUUUGGAUGUACAACUGUACGACCGUAUGACCGUACAAGGUGCUACUUUUAACAUGUGUGGUCAACUGUACUGCAGGCACACCAAUGCCACGGCUUUGUCCAGUAGUCCAGUGGUCAGUGCACUGGGCUCUGAGUCGGACAACCUGGGUUCUAGUCCUGGCUGGGGCUUAGACAUGCAGGAAAAAUAAAAUGUGAGCUUUGCUUUUAGGCUUGACUAAAUCUAUAUAUUAUAUUACUGUGUUGUCUUAAAGUUUGUUUAUUGUUUCACUCCACACAGCAGGGUGAUGGGUUUAUGGAAACGGCUGGUUUUAUGGCUGAAUCUGUUGAGAAAAUAUUUCACCUGGCUGAACAGGUACUUACUGUGAUACUAGGCCUGUAUGAUACACUAUGAAAGAGGUCUUAUCAAACUGAAGUAAAACCAAUUAUUUUUCAAUCUGUAUAUGAUAAAAAAAUAGUGAUGUCUAGAACUUCAAGUUAAGAAAUGUCUGAAAAGAAGCCUGUGAAGGCUUUGACAGGAUUCAACUCCCUGUCCAUCAGAUACUUGUUGUCAUAGGCACUAUUACCAACUGAGCUUAGAUGCUACAUGUGUGAAAAGACACAGAUCAUUUAUGAUUUGUAUUGUUUGAUUUUUAAUGAAAUAAAAUGAAAUUUGAUGAAAUAAAUUUUAAAAAUCAAGUAAAUUUUAUCAUAGAUCAAGAUAUGAUUAGAAAAAGGUAGAUGCAAUGACUUUAUGCUUAGGAAGGCUGUGUCCUCAUUUGCGUUUAUCAUUAAGAAGAUAUAUUUGAGUUAGUCUAAAGACACUGACAUCCCUUCCUUGUUAUGAUUAGUGUUCUUGGUCACUAGCUUUUCAAGUCUGCAGGGCUGCUAUUUCUUAAUUAAGUUCUGUUUUAUUUGUAAGUUUUAUUAUAAUAAUAUUUUGAUUUUUUCUUUUACAGGCUGUUGAGUAUUGCACUGAUCUUACUGAUGGUUAUGCUGUCCGUGGUCUAUGCCAUGUUUUAGAGGUAAGAACGGCCAAAAGUUUGGUGUUUUAGAGGUGACAAAUAAUUUUAAAAAAGCCUAGAAAAAUGAUUGGCCAAAUUCCACAACUAGGAUAAUUCAAACUAACAGCUUUAGUAACUUGUCCACCAUAAUCCUUAAAAUACUACCCCCAUCUAAACACUGCUACUUGCACAUUAAAUACCAGUCUGUACCAUUUACUAGCUAGCCUAGACUUUUAAAAAUGUCUGAUUCAUGCACAUACUAAGAUUGUGUAUACCAUUCCAGUUCAUUUGUCUUCUCUACAGUACUAUAUAAUUAUAAAAUGAACUAUGGUUGUUGCUAUCCUCUUUUCCUAAACUUAAUACCCCAUAUUCUUUGUAAUGCUAUUUGUAAACAAAGCAGUAAUUUACAUAAUUAGACAUGUUUCUUUGUAGGAGUUCUUUGGGGCAUAUACUGGACGAAUGGAUGAAUGUGUCUCAAUUCUAAGAAAAGAAUGUUCCUUAGAUGUUGAUCCUAAAGUGGAUGCCACAUCCAAUGAGGGAAUCAGUGAGGACUGGACAACGUUUCAAAAUGCAUUUCGUCUAAUUCAGAUUUGUGGUAAAUAACUAUUAUAUUCACUCCACUUAAUAUUUAUUGUACCUUCAAUGUGCCCUCACAAUGUUGGUUGCAUUCCAUUGGGGUCAGGAAAGUAUGUAAUUGUUACUUCAAGGAAAGAUCAUGUUUAGCUCAGUCCAUUUUUCAUCACUUAUCAGAAAGCCUGAAAUUGUUAAAAGGAAACCAUAAGCAUUUAUUGCAUGCAAACUUCUCUAUCCAGGGUAUAUAGAAAAACAAUUUUUUUUCAAAGCCCUGUUAAGCAACUUAGCUACAUACAGAUCAAAUCUAAUGACAAUCUCUGUGAUCUUUCCUCUACUAGUUUUUUUUUUUUUAAAUUUAGUCUUGAUAUUCCUAUUUCCCUUGAUUUAUUUUCCAGGUGAUUUGUUGAUAAAAAUUGAAAACUUGGACAAAAGAUUACUUGUAUCAAUUCUUAGUACUGUGCAAGAUUUUGACAGCAAAGUUGAUGAUGCUAUUGGUGAAAAGACUGCUACUCCACAGAGACCAUUUCAGUGGUACAAUUAUUUGCAACAGGAGAGGCCCAUUGAAUAUAGUACUUUCAAUGAAUUUAUCCAAAAGCUUCAUUCAGGUAAUUUCAAAAUACAAGUUGUUUCCCCCAAUUUUUCCCAACACUGGUGAUUUUAAACUUGAAAAUUUAAGAGGAAAAAUGUUAACUCUUAACUCUAUCAUAUUUUUUAUAAUCUUAAACCAACUAUGUAGAAAACCAGCACAAAUUCUCUUCUUCACAGCUAUUGCUGCUAUUUUAACUUUGUGUACCAGCAUCUGUGACCCGGUGGCAAGACAUUUAUUAUGUUGCUAUCCUUCUUAAGAUAUACAACUCCCUACUGCUCCUUGAUAGAUACUGCUCCCCACUCCUCCUUGAUAGAUACUGCUCCCCACUCUUCCUUGAUAGAUACUGCUCCCCACUCCUCCUUGAUAGAUACUGCUCCCCACUCCUCCUUGAUAGAUACUGCUCCCCACUCCUCCUUGAUAGAGACUGCUCCCCACUCCUCCUUGAUAGAUACUGCUCCCCACUCCUCCUUGAUAGAUACUGCUCCCCACUCCUCCUUGAUAGAUACUGCUCCCCACUCCUCCUUGAUAGAUACUGCUUCCUACUCCUCCUUGAUAGAUACUGCUCCCUACUCCUCCUUGAUAGAUACUGCUCCCCACUCCUCCUUGAUGAAUACUGCUUUAUACUCCUCCUUGAUAUGUGGUACAACCGCUACCUCCUUGAUACUGAUACCUCACUCCUCCUUGAUAUUAAAUGCUCCCCACUCCUCCUUGAUAUCAAUUAAUCCUACUCCCUCUUGAUAUAUACUGCUCCCCAUUCCUCCUUAAUAUAAACUGCUCUCCACUCCUUCUUGCUAUAUACUACUCCUCACUCCCGCUUGAUAUGUACUGCUCCCCACUCCUCCUUGAUAUACACUACUCCCCAUUCCUCCUUGAUAAUGAAUGCUGCCCACUCCCCCUUGAUAUAUACUGCUCCCCACUCCCUCUUGAUAUGUACUGAUCACCACUUCUCCUUGACAUAUAUUGCUCCCCACUCCCUCUAGAUAUAUAUUACUCUCCACUCCUCUUAGAUAUAUUCUGUUCCCCACUGCCUCUUGAUGUAUACUACUACCCACUCCUCCUUGAUAUAUACUGCUCCCCACUCCUCCUUGAUAUUUAAUGCUUCCCACUCCUCCUUGAUAUAUGCUGCUCCCCACUCCCCCCUGGUAUAUACUGCUCUCCACUCUCCCUUGAUAUAUACUGCUCCCCACUCCUCCAUAAUAUAUACUGCUCCCCACUCCUCCGUAAUAUAUACUGCUCCCCACUCCCUCUUGAUAUAUACUGCUCCCCACUCCUCCUUGAUAUAUACUGCUCCCCACUCCCUCUUGAUAUAUACUGCUCCCCACUCCUCCAUAAUAUAUACUGCUCCCCACUCCUCCAUAAUAUAUAAUGCUCCCCACUCCCACUUGAUAUAUACUGCUCCCCACUCCUCCUUGAUAUAUACUGCUCCCCACUCCUCCUUGCUAUAUACUGUUCCACACCCCCUUUUAAUAUAUACUGCUCCCCACUCCUCCUUGAUAUAAAUUGUUUCCCACUCCUCCUUGAUAUACAUUGUUCCCCACUCUUACUUGAUAUAUACUGCUCCCCACUCCUCCUUGAUAUAUACUGCUUCUCACUCCCUCUUAAUAUAUAUUGCUACCCACUCCUUGAUAUAUACUGCUCCCCACUCCUCCUUGAUAUAUACUGCUCCCCACUGCUUGAUAUUUAAUGUCCCUCACUCCUCCUUGAUAUAUACUGCUCCCCACUGCUUGAAAUUAAAUGCCCCCCCACUCCUCCUAGAUAUAUAAUGCUCCCCACUCCCUCUUGAUAUGUAUUGCUCCCCUCUCCUCCUUGAUAUAUACUGCUCCCACUCUCUCUUGAUAUAUGCUGCUCCCCACUCCUUGAUAUAUACCAUCCCUCAUGCCCUCUUGAUAUAUUCUUCUCCCACUCCCUCUUGAUAUAAACUGAUCCCACUCCUCCUUAAUAUAUAUAGCUGCUCCCCACUCUCUCUUGAUAAAUACUACUCUCCACUCAUCCUUGAUAUAUACCAUAUCCACUCCCUCUUGAUAUAUACUGCUCCUCACUCCUUUUGUUAUUGCUUUAUAUUCACAUAUAUAUGUAUGCUUACCCCUGUAUCUUAUUGUUCCUCCUUUUCUUACUGCUCCACACUCACAUAUAUUAGUUUACUCACCCCUGUAUGUUAUUGUUUCAUCUUCCCCUCUUAUUGCCUAGUUUUCACAUAUAUUAGUUUACUUACCCCUUUAUGUUAUUGUCUCAUCCUCCCUUUGUUAUUGCUCCUUUUUCACAUAUAUUAGUUUACUUGCCCCUGUAUGUUAUUGUUCCAUCCUCCUUUUGUUAUUGCUCCACAUUCACAUUUAUUAGUUUACUUACCCCUGUAUGUUAUUGUUCUGUCCUCCUUUUGUUACUGCUCCUCAUUCACAUAUAUUAGUUUACUUACCCCUUUAUGUUAUUGUUCCAUCCUCCUUUUGUUAUUGCUCCACACUCGCAUAUAUUAGUUUACUUGCCCCUGUAUGUUAUUGUUCCAUCCUCCUUUUGUUAUUGUUCCACACUCACAUAUAUUACUUUACUCACCCCUGUAUGUUAUUGUUCCAUCCUCCUUUUGUUAUUGCUCCAAACUCACAUAUAGUAGUUUACUUACCCCUGUAUCUUAUUGUUCCAUCUUCCUUUUGUCAUUGCUCCAUAUUCACAUAUAUUAGUUAACUUACCCCUGUAUGUAUUGUUCCAUCUUCCCCUCGUAUUGCCUAGUUUUCACGUAUAUUAGUUUACUCACCCUUUUAUCUUAUUGUUCCAUCCUCCUUUUGUUAUUGCUCCAUAUUCACAUAUAUUUGUGUACUUAUCCCUUUAUGUUUUUGUUCCAUCCUUUUUUUGUUAUUGCUCCUCAUUCACAUAUAUUAGUUUACUUACCCCUGUAUGUUAUUGUUCCAUCCUCCUUUUGUUAUUGCUCCACACUCACAUUUAUUAGUUUACUCAACCCUGUAUGUUAUUGUUCCAUCCUCCUUUUGUUAUUGCUCCAUAUUCGCAUAUAUUAGUUUACUCACCCCUGUAUGUUAUUGUUCCGUCCUCCUUUUGUUAUUACUCCACAUUCACAUAUAUUAGUUUACUCACCCCUGUAUGUUAUUGUUCCGUCCUCCUUUUGUUAUUGCUCCACAUUCACAUAUAUUAGUUUACUCACCCCUGUAUGUUAUUGUUCCGUCCUCCUUUUGUUAUUGCUCCAUAUUCACAUAUAUUAGUUUACUCACCCCUGUAUGUUAUUGUUCCGUCCUCCUUUUGUUAUUGCUCCAUAUUCACAUAUAUUAGUUUACUCACACCUGUAUGUUAUUGUUCCGUCCUCCUUUUGUUAUUGCUCCACAUUCCCAUUUAUUAGUUUACUCACCCCUGUAUGUUAUUGUUCCGUCCUCCUUUUGUUAUUGCUCCAUAUUCACAUAUAUUAGUUUACUCACACCUGUAUGUUAUUGUUCUGUCCUCCUUUUGUCAUUGUUCCACAUUCCCAUUUAUUAGUUUACUCACCCCUGUAUGUUAUUGUUCUGUCCUCCUUUUGUCAUUGCUCCUCAUUCACAUAUAUUAGUCUACUUACCCCUGUAUAUUAUUGUUCCAUCCUCCUUUUGUCAUUGCUCCACAUUCCCAUUUAUUAGUUUACUCACCCCUGUAUGUUAUUGUUCUGUCCUCCUUUUGUCAUUGCUCCUCAUUCACAUAUAUUAGUCUACUUACCCCUGUAUAUUAUUGUUCCAUCCUCCUUUUGUCAUUGCUCCACAUUCCCAUUUAUUAGUUUACUCACCCCUGUAUGUUAUUGUUCCAUCCUCCUUUUGUCAUUGCUCCACAUUCCCAUAUAUUAGUUUACUUACCCUUGUAUGUUAUUGUUCCGUCCUCCUUUUGUUAUUGCUCCACAUUCCCAUAUAAAGUUUACUUACCCUUGUAUGUUAUUGUUCUAUCCUCCUUUUGUCAUUGCUCCUCAUUCACAUAUAUUAGUUUCUCACCCCUGUAUGUUAUUGUUCCGUCCUCCUUUUGUCAUUGCUCCACAUUCCCAUUUAUUAGUUUACUCACCCCUGUAUGUUAUUGUUCCGUCCUCCUUUUGUUAUUGCUCCGCAUUCACAUAUAUUAGUUUACUUACCCCUGUAUGUUAUUGUUCCAUCCUCCUUUUGUUACUGCUCCACAUUUCCAUAUAUUAGUUUACUUACCCCUGUAUGUUAUUGUUCCGUCCUCCUUUUGUCAUUGCUCCACACUCACAUAUAUUAGUUUACUUACCCCUGUAUGUUAUUGUUCCAUCCUCCUUUUGUUAUUGCUCCACACUCACUUAUAUAUUAGUUCACUUACCCCUGUAUGUUAUUGUUCCAUCCUCCUUUUGUUAUUGCUCUGCAUUCCCAUAUAUUAGAUUACUUACCCCUGUAUGUUAUUGUUCCAGCCUCCUUUUGUUAUUGCUCCACAUUCCCAUAUAUUAGUUUACUUACCCCUGUAUCUUAAUGUUCCAUCCUUCUUUUGUUAUUGCUCCACAUUCCCAUAUAUUAGUUUACUUACCCCUGUAUCUUAAUGUUCCAUCCUUGUUUUGUUAUUGCUCCACAUUCCCAUAUAUUAGAUGUAGCGACGCCUUUUGUUUUUGUUUGUUUAUAUCUUAGCCGGUGACUCGGCCACUGUCCUUUCAUCCGUUUCUGAUCAAUUUCAAGCUUUGAAUGAGCGAGUGCACAGUUUUGCUUUUGACAUUGUUUUCAUCCAAAUAAAACAACAGCUUGGGCGGACACCUAAACUGGAGGUAACGUUAAGAUUUAACCUUGUUCUUUUUUCAGUUCUUGCUUCUCCAUUGUCCAUCACCAAACUACAACAAACUACACCACACUACACCAAACUAUACCCACGAAAGAAACUACAACUCGCUAGACCACAAUACAUCCACUACACUGAAUUACACUAAACUACACCGAAGUACACCACAAUACACUAAACUGCUCCUAGUUCUAUUGUAUGGGUGUAGUAGUUCAGUCUCUAUUUCGUCCUCGGUCUUCAGUCACCCGUUCGAAAAGGGCCCUGUUUAAAAUACUACUUUUAAAAUACCUUGCAAUCCUCUAAUUAUUGUGAUCGGGUAGUAUGAUCGUAGGGGUGAGUGUAGUCGUAAGGACCGUCGUCUGUUGUAGUAACUGACGUUUCGAUAACCUUAGUAGAAGUCACCAUAAGAGUCAAGCGAAAAGUUGUCGUCAGUCGAGUGUAUUGAGUCCAGUUCGUGUGAACUGAUCGGUCAGUUUAUUGAUGUUAUUGGCUGUAAGACUCAAGUGGCGUAGGUCUGUCGUGAUUGGUCAGUUUUGAUCUGUCGGUUACGUUAGGUCGGUCUGUUCGUUUCAUUUGUGGCGUAAAUGUCGCAAAUAAGUCGUUUUUGUGGUACUAGAAGUAGUUGACACCUAUUGAAGGGAGUCUGGUCUUCGUAAGUGAACCAGCUUUCUAGAGUCAAUCGUUAAAAGUAGCUAGUGUUGUAGGUUAGGCGUUGCGCAGAGUCCCAGUCAAUAGUGUGGUUUGUACGUCCAUGAUCUUCUGCAAUGUGAUUGUUGACAUCACCUUUUCCAGUCGCUCGCUCAUGUUUUGGGAGGUUUCUGCCAUUCUCUCCGUAGUAGAAGGCUUAGCACUUGAUCUUCAAAACCGCCCCUGUCUGUUCUCCAGUUCGUCCUUGUCUUUCUCGUUGGUUAGUAACUUACAGUGUUGUGAGUUUGUGGGUGACAUAGACAUUUAAGGCUUGUGGGAUGCACGAGAUGGUUUCAGACGUGCCCUUUACGUAUGGUAUAGUCGUUUUAGUCGUAAGAGUUGCGCUGCCGUUUGUCUCAGUGGGGUAGGUCGAAUGAGGUCACCGUUACAGUUGUUUUUUUUUAAUAAAAAACAUGGUGAAGGUAUUUGUUCUCGUCGGACAAGCUGUCUGUUCCGUUGCGUGCCGUUUUUCAGUCGUCUUAGCUAUUGUUAUUCGUCUUUAGUUAAAUACCGUCAUGAAGUGGUGCUGAUUGUAUAGUCUAGUGUCAGUGUCGUGGACUUGACUCAAGACGAGUAACAAGCACGAUUGAAAAACGACGAGAAUAUAGUUUUACUACCAGCCGAAAAGGACAAAUUACCGUUGUUGAGGGCAAAACUGACUAUCACGACAAAAUGGACGUACAAGUCAACGACAAACAAACCCUACGAAGAACUCAAACGUGACCCGACUCUUACGCCUCAACGCAAACUCAACCCUAAACUACUGACGCUUAAGACGACUAACGCCAUUGACAUCCAACGCUACUAUCGACUAAGCUGUUCAGUUCCACAGCCACCGAAACUUUACGGUCUGCCGAAGCUACACAAACCUGUUUUCCCGAUGCGACCAUGAGUUCGCUCGACCUACCGCUAUCGAGAGAAGACAUUAUAACCUAACUGCACCUGCGUCUUGCAUCAACUUACUUUCAGUACAACAGUAAACCCUAAAACAGUUACGCGGUACAGCUGUGGGAUCGUAAGUUUCUGUUGUCGUCGUAGAAAUUGUGAUGUAGAGCAUCGAGUAACGCUCUCUUUCGACUUGACGACAAACAAUACCACUUUGGCUACGCUACAUCGACGAUACGAUUAACCGCUGUGCGACAGAACGAAAUCGACGCAUUCCGCCAUCACCUUAACGCACAAAGCACUGACAUACAGUCUAUCAAAGAAAUCGAAGAUCAUGGUAAACUUCUUUUCCAGACUUCCUAGAAAGCCGUGACGGCAGCUUGCUAUGGAUAACAGUUUACAGAAUACCGAAAAACAACGACUGAUUAACAAACGAGUCAUCCUACAACCCGAUAUCACACAGCCACGACUAUUAGGACUCUAUUAGGUCGAGAGCAACAAACUGAAACAAACGACAACGCGACUCUUGCGACUACAGCGACUCUACCGUACAUAAAGGGCAUGUCUGAAACUAUCUCGUGCAUCCUACCCUUCAAUAUCCGCGUUGCUCACAACCCAUCACUACACUACGUUAGUUACUACCAACGUCAGAGAGAAGAACGAACCGAAAAACAAACAGGCGGCAGUUUACGAGAUCCAGUAUUGCGACUGCCAAGCCUCCUACUUCGGAGAAACUGGCAGAUACCUCACAAGAAGACUUACCAAACACAAGCGAGCGACGAGGAAAAGUGAUAUCAACGAUCACACUGCUGGCAAUCAUAGACUCUCAAACCACGUUAUUGAGUGGGACUCUGCGUAAUGCCUAACCUACAACACUAGUUCUUUUUAUCAAAUGACUCAUUAAAGCAGGCUCACUAACUUAGAACAAACUCCUCUAAACAGGUGUUAACUAUUAGCAGCACCGUACGAACGACUUAUUCGCAACAUUGACACCACAGACCAACCAAACAAAACAGAACGACCUAACAUUACCGACAGAUCAAAACUGACCAAUCACGACCGAUAUAGGCCACUUGAAUCUUACAGCUAGUAUCAUCACGACUAAACUGACCAAUCAGUUCACACGAACCGGACUCAAUACACUCGACUGACAAUAACUCGUCACUUGACUCUGAUGAUGACUUCCGAUCAUGUGAGCAUGAUCAUUUACAGCCACUGUAAAAAAUCCAUUUACGAAAAAUGGGGCUAGAGUCCAAACUCCGAAGAAAUAUAUAUAAUAACCUUGUUAAAUUAACUACAGCAUUUAGCUUCAAUAAAAAAUCCUUCAUGUCUUAAAUUCUAAACAAAGGGGUAACAAAUUUGCUUGAACGAAAGCUCAAAACAACAACUAAAUUUAACUCCGUAAAACAAAACAGCAAAAGUACGCGAAAAAUGUACACGUCAGUUUUCAGUGUUAAGGUUAGGGUUCUUUGACAUGAUUGGCUUAUUUGUGAAAAUCACGCGCGGUGCGCGUGUGUACAUAAAGAAUACCCAGGGGGAGAGGUAGAGGAAAAUUUUAAACUAAAUUUGGAAAGGAAAUCGAUUUCUACAGUCACUUCUACCGACAACAGUCCUUCUUAAUACUACCGUCAACCGGACGAUCAGACUACACGUUCACAUGUUACCACCAGAUUCAGCCAUUUACUGUAUCUCUAACUAGUGUUCCCUGUUAACCAGGUUUGGUCUGCCAAGUCCCCUGAAUCUGGGGCUGCACUGAGUGAUGAGCUUCCCGCGUUCAGUUUAUCUCCGCUAGGAUACAUUACUCACGUGAGUAUCAACUAACAGAGCAUGACCAGAAACAUUACGGAGCCACGAACGAUGUUCACACCUUCUGUCCAUAUCGUCAGUUUUACAUGCUGUAGCCAGUACUGGGAUUUAGUGUGAAAGAAGUUAAAAAUUUUAACUCCCCGGAGUAAUUAACAUGUAAUUUAUCCGUACAAUAUCCAUACAUUAUCCAGUAAACAGGUUAUGAGAUAUAAAGGGGGUAGGUUUCUAAAGAAACUAUGGUGCUGCGUCUGUGGGGGAGUGUAACAAAAUAAUUUGGUUCUAUCAACCGAGUUGAUAAUGUAAAUUGGCCACUGUAAGGGGUUUCAAAGCUGACGUUUCGAGCGUUAGCCCCUCGUCAAAGCUCUUGAUCUAACACCAAAUUUCCGUAUCUAACUUGCAAGGAAUGCGCAGCAGCUAGAGGGGAGAAUUAAGAAUCAGAUCUCGGGAGACAAACAAACGGUAUAGAGAUGUCUGAACUCAAACCGCAACAUAUUCAUUAAUAUGUCUUGAUUUUCCGAGGUCUUCACUUCUUUUUAGAGUGUUUUCUGUUGUCGCCCACUUUACCAAAAUCUAACUUUCCUCCGAGUGAAUUAAACUCCUUCCACUUGAAGGACCUUCAUUCUGGUGAUAGGGAUGAUCAUAGCCGCUAUCAAGCGUAGCGAAGGGUUCAUUUGCCGUAACUACUUCCCUUAUGUUUUAGAAACUGUCCUUUUAUGUUACUUUUGCUAAUUUUCCUUUAAAAGUGUCAUCAACGAAACCUAUAGAAAUUGCCUUUUCUCUCCAACUCUGCUGGAUGUGAAUGAAUUCAAGGUAGUUGCGAGUGCGAAAGGUUGAAUUCCCCCCCUGAUUUUGCUCACGUCUAGUCUUAUCCUUCAAAAAAAUUCAGUACUAAAAUAGGGACAAAGCGAAAAAAUAGUCUUGCCGUUCUCGCAAGCGUGGUUCCAUAUUCAUCUACAGUCAGAUAGAUCAUACAGGAAUGACUGAUCAGUACAAUGAACAGUUUUAGAAAGUUCAAUAGAAACUAAAGAGACUAGCUGAUAUGGAAGGCGCUUUUUGUAAGCCACCUAUGUCCUCACUGAGUUAUGAGUUUAAUACAUGAACUCUAAUAGUAGGUUUUGAGAAAACGCCUCACGUACCGUAGUGUUGAUAGCCUGACCGUUGUUUGUCGCCUGAUAAUUUCUCUUUGUCGUUUACAGAUUGGAGAUUACCUCCUCACUCUUCCUCAGCAACUAGAGCCGUUCAUAACACAAGAAAACCCCGCUCUGGAAACUGCCAUGAAGGCGGGAAAUCUUCCAUUCCCGGAUCUUCAAGGUAAAGCUAUGAAGUAUCCCUAAGCGGAUAAGAAUAAGUAAAAAAAAAAGUGUCAGAUUUCCACAAACCGACAUAAUCAGUGAAUUGUUUGUUCUCUAAUGGAUGAUUUCUCUCUGAGCGCUACUUCAAGGAUUUUGAAAUUAUGCCUGAAAUAAAAUUAAAACUUAAAAACUUAUCAGGCGACGCAUUCUGAUGAAUCGGCAAGGUUGAGAUAGUUUUUGUAAGCGCUUACCCGCCAGUGUACAGAUUUGUUCUUUUCCAGAUUAAGGCCACUUUCCUAACAGUUUUAUGAUGUCAAAUUUAGCUGGUCUAUCAGCGUUUAAGUUUGUCAUAGUAAGUUCUCAGAAAGAGUAGAUUGUCUGCGCAACGUCCGAAUCAGAGACUUCAACUGAAGUUUCAGUUAUGUCUAUCGUCACGUCAUCAAAGGCGAUGGAAACGCGCGCGCUCUCGAACGAUAGGGCGUGUUCUGAUUGGAUGCACUGGUUGUGUGACUAUAGAGCCAUCAUAUGUAAAAGUGCGUUGCUAGACACUACUUAAUUCUUAGCCUCGGAUUUUUAAUUUUUAAUGUUAUGAUUGGAUCACGCAAUCUCGGUUAUCGGCUUGUGAACCGUUUUACCUUACAUAGGAAAUAAUAGCGAGAGGUGUCGAAAGCGUUAAUUAUUUUUGUUUGGAGUGAAACAGAUACUGGUUAAUGCAAUCCAAAUUUUGAAAGUCAACUUGAAAAAACAUUUGUUUCCCGCAAAAAUUAGUGGCUUUAAGUGAAAGUUUAGUAUUUCAUUUCAAUCCUUGAGGUCUUUGGAUCGCUACUGAGUAACAUUACAUAAAAGUUUAAGCACAUGAGCGAGAAAGUACGCUUCAUGUGCACGGUGAGUUGCAGGGAACUGAUAACAGAAAAGAGAAAAUGUGCAAGAGUGGUUAAUGGUAGCAUUCACAAUUCACGUCUGUCUAUGUAAAAUGAUUCCCUUAAUAGUACCCAUGGUGCAUAGCAUAUGAGUGUAUCUAUGGAUGUUGUGCUCUUUUUCUACUGCACUUAGAUUUUCCUCGACGUUUUCCGUUAUUUGCUGGUGUUUGAGAGGUUGCGUGAAAGCGUUACAUCACAGAAAAGAUGGAAUUGUGAAUUCAUAAGGGAUUGUACCACCGGAAAGUUUCUCAAGUCUCUUUUAAAUUCUAAAAGAUGAAAAACAAACAUACUGAUCCAGUCCGACACGAGACUAGCAAAUGAAUAUGAUUCACCAUCUGAAACUCUAAACAAAUAAAAUCCCGAAUCUGGACAAAAUUCCAGCUGGUCCACGAUCCACAGUCUAAUAUUCGAAUCCACUUUUUACAAAAAUCCCAACUUCUUGAGCUUUUGUUGGCCAAAUCUGUUGACCCACAAACCUAUUCACUUGCCUCACAUAGGGAUAGAAUUGAACGAGUAAGCAUUGCAUUAAUGUUAAUUUCUGUGUUAUUUAGCUGCAUAUGAAGAUGAACAUCAUCCUGGGACCUUCUGGUUGGGAUCUAUUGCUCGUGGCACCAUGCACGCUUACACAGAGAGUAUCCUGAAAAUCCAUGAGCUGACACCAUACUCCACUCAACAGCUAUUGGCUGAUAUAGGUACUUAAUGUACUUAAUAAACUUCUACUUCUUCAUGCGUUAAGGUGCAAGAAGUUGCUCUUGCAUGAUUCUUUUUGCAUUUAUUAGCUGAUUAAGGAGCUUAAACUGACUUCUGAUAGCCCUAGUAGGGCGGGAAAUGACAAAAAAAAUUAAUUUUGUGUUACACCAAACACACGCCUCAGAGGACCUGUAACUGACAUAUCUAUGCCACAGUAUUAACUAAGAUGAUAUUUUCGACACAGAUUACUUCUGCAACGUAUUGGAAGCUUUAGAAGUAACACCAAGUCAAACUCUGACGCACAUUAAUGAGUUACUCAAAGCAACUAGUGACAAGUAAGUCGAUCAGGUUGUUUAGCAAAGUAAUUUCUAGUUAAUUUUCUGUCGUCCCCUUGUCUAUCUCUCUCUCUCUCUCUCUCUAUCCUCUGUCCGACUGCCCUUCAGUCCUCCCGUCUACAUGUCUGUCAACCUGUCUGUUGUCUGUGUGUAUAACCCAGCUAACUAUUCAACCGGGCUUAAAUCCCCUACUGUAUUGGUUGCUUGUGGCAGGCUGCUUCUGUCAUUGUAAAAUAACUUUUGUUUCUAAUCUAGUUGUUAGAUAAAGGAGAUGGUUUGUGGCGUUUAGCCUCCCACACACUUGUUAAGGGGUCGCUUGCGCGGGAACUUACAGCUGACAACAUUUGAAAAGAGAAGAAUGUUCCUAUAAGGCUAACAUUUACUCUGCUAAUGAACGAAUUUUUCGUCGUUUAUUAAUGAUUUCAUUUCUCUACCUCUCAGGUUUCACGAGGUUGCUCAUGAACUGGGUGUGGAGGAUCGAAUCACCAUGGCAAUAGCUGGAAUAAGAAGCAUCCACUGAUUGCAAUCCUGGCAUUUAUACCCAGCAAUCGGCGAGAUUGUACCUCAAUGAAAGAUUAUAAUCUAUUUACACUCUAUAAGGAAAUGUGUAGCAGCCAGAAGAGAAAAUCACGCCUCAGAGCUAAAAUGCCAAGAUCAAUUUGUAACAGGAUCACCCUUAGAGACACUUGUAAUUAUAAAGGCAGAGAGGGGAAUGAGGAGAGAUUAUGAAAGAGGAAUGUUUUUAUCGUCCUCAAAAAUCACGACUUACUGAACAGCCUAUGUUAAAUAAUUCGAUAGCAAAUGAAUAGGGAGGAAAUUUUAUUUAUUGAAAACCACGUAGAAAGUUUUGGAACCGUAUGUGAAAAAUUAAAAAAAUAAAAGAGAAC